GUCCGCGUGAAGUCCUGCGGUCAGCGGUGGGGGCUAGCAUGGCCCUCGUGUAGAGGCCGCAAGAAAAUCCGGGUAUUAGUCUGGAACACGGUGUUGCACGUGUGGACACUACCAGUCCGACAGCGGCACGUCGGCACGAUGACCUUAGGCAUCCGUUAUGACAAAGUGGCACCGGGAUUGACAAACUGUCAGACUAUAUCACAACUGAUGCAGCUGUAUGUCACUGCGAUUGUGUCAGGUAGGAGCAGAAUGCCCGACGACUAUGCCUGUAAGGCAUCGUCAUCACUCAGCUUUCAGGCCUUUAAAAGGACACCAUAAUCUAUCCGGCCCCUCAUUUUUCUGCCUGCAAACAUGGCCGACUCACCUAGGGUAUCAACUCAAACUGCCUCUACCGCCGCUCAACUUGAGCAGAUCAACAAGGAGGAUGCCUCUACUACCGCUCUUGACAAUCCAGACCCAUUUCUAGUGCACUUUGAUGAGGGUGACUCAGCCAAUCCAAAGAACUGGUCUUUUGCCAAAAAGUGGUACCUCACCCUUGCUGGCGGUCUUCUGGUCCUCAAUGCCACCUUCUCGAGUAGCGCCCCAUCUGCUCUGGUACCUAUCUUCAUGGAGGAAUUUGGAAUAUCCCAGGAGGUCGGAACGUUGACUAUUUCGCUUUUCGUGUGCGGUUAUUGUGUUGGCCCUUUGAUUUGGGGACCGUUAUCGGAACAGUACGGACGACGCCCAAUAUUCAUUAUAUCUUUCUUCAUAUACAUGUGCUUCCAAAUUGGGUGUGCUUUGUCGCAGAACAUCACAUCCAUUUUGAUUUUCCGUUUCCUUGGGGGUACAUUUGCAGCUGCUCCUUUAGCAAAUUCAGGCGCACUCAUAUCGGACAUCUGGGACGCAAGGGAACGCGGCACUGCUCUCGCGGUUUUCACUGUGGCUCCGUUUGCUGGACCAGGUAUUGGACCAGUAGUAGCAGGAUACCUUGUUGUAGCUGGUGUCUCAUGGCACUGGCUUUUUUGGAUAUUGACUAUUUUUGCAAGUCCUGCCGGCGUCUGCUGGUUGCAGAUUGUUUUCACGAUCCCUGAGACAUAUAGUCCGGUGCUUCUUGCCAAGAAAGCUAAAGAGAUCCGGAAGCGCACUGGGGACGAGAGAUACCAUGCUGCCAUUGAAUCACAAAACAUGACACUCUCGCAACGCAUGGAAACUAUUCUUGCUCGCCCUUUUAAAGUUCUCUUUCGUGAACCGAUGUUGAUUGCUAUAACUCUGUAUAUGAGCUUUGUCUACGGCUGUAUAUACCUGCUUUUCGAGGCCUAUCCUGUGGUUUUCACCAAGGGGCAUAACUUGAAUGCGGGUGUGUCUGGACUCAUGUUCCUUCCGCUGCCCAUUGGCGGGUUUAUUGCGGUUGCAACGUACAUUCUCUUUUUUAACCCAAGUUACGAGCGCAAAGUUCAGGAAUGCGCACCAAACCCUGUGCCGCCAGAGUUCAGAUUGAGGGUCGCCAUGGUCUCAGCGCCAUUCUUUGCGGUAUCGUUCUUUUGGUUUGCAUGGACAUCCUUUCCUAGUAUUUCCCUGUGGGUCCCGAUGAUGUCGGGCGCAUUGCUCGGAUGGAGUAUUUGCCUGAUAUUUGUACGUUGUCACAAUUUGCAUGCUGGCUUACAGCUCACGACGGUUUCGAAGCUUGCCCUGUUUAAUUACAUCAUUGAUGCAUAUUUGGCUGUCGCUGCCUCGGCGCUAGCUGCAAGUACUGUCGUCCGCAGUUUGUUCGGCGCUGCAUUUCCUCUCUUCGCCACUCAGAUGUACGAUAGGCUUGGUCCUGAAUGGGCUUCGUCACUACUCGGUUUCAUUGCUCUGAUCAUGAUGCCAAUUCCCUUCGUACUGUCAAGAUAUGGACCAAUAUUGAGACUCAAGUCGAAAUAUGCUCCUUCCGGACCACUACUUUCAAGCUCCCCGGCAUAACUUAAUAACUUAUUUUAUAUAUGACAUCCCAAGUACCUAUACAUAUACAUACCGGAUUCCCGACUCCCAACGUUAGUGGAAGAGGGCUCUUAUCGAACACGAUCGGUCUCUCAUCUCCCAGAACCUGCGAUGCCGAAUACACCCGUGUUCAGGCCUUUUCGGCUACAAUCAUUUGACACCUUGUUUGUCGGAGACUUCUCAAGUUGUCCUUGUAGUCGUGGGGCAAGGCUUGGCGCCGACAAACAGCGCGCGCUCGUCGUGGUCGGUGGCGUGCGGCCGUGGGUAGCGAGGAACCCGACGAGAAGGGAGAUGAGGGCGGGGGCACCUACUAGUUUACAUAGCCAAGUAAUAUAUUAUUCCUUUGUAUCACAAAGGUCAAGCCAUAAUUGUGACUUUUGAUCCCGUGAGAAUUAAUAACUAUUAUCAG